GAAAAAAAAAAAAACUAAUUUUGUUUUGCCAAAAAGAAAAACCCAAUAAUUUAAUACUGAAAUAGUGUUUUGAGUAGUGAACAAUUGAAAUUCAUAUUUUAUAAGUAAACUUUCAACAACAAAACUAAAUCCAUUGGAAUAUAGAAUUGAAUAAUCCAAAUUAAAUCCAAAAACAAAACCAAAACCAGAUCUUACAACAACAAUGGUACCACUACUGCUACUCUUUCAUUUUCUUCUUCUCCAUGUAUAUGCGGCACUAGAUUAAUUGAAUUCAAGGCCUAAUCUUGUUAUUGUCGAUCUACGAUAAUCUAAUCCAGUAUCCACAGAUGGUAUUCAAAUCUAAGAUCAAAUGGAUUGCUCUGUUUGUUCUGGUCUUGUCUUUUGUGUCUUUGAUUCGCCAUCUCUCCAUCGCAAGGUCUUCCUCUGUCGACUUGGUUCAGUACAGUGCCCUGGCCGGGUUUCGCGAUGAUUUUGCUUCUAUCCUUGGAAGACAGAAAUAUCGGAAUAAGAAACUCUGGGGUGUUGUGAAGCCACUGAAAUCCUUGCAGCCUUAUGCCAACCCUAGAAGCAAUUACGCGGUACCAAAUAAACAAAGUAACGGUUUCAUUUAUGCAAAAAUAUUUGGUGGAUUUGCAAACAUAAGAUCUUCGAUCUGUGAUCUGGUCAUCAUAUCCAGGCUUUUAAAUGCUACUCUUGUCAUUCCAGAGAUUCAAGAGACUACACGCUCAAAAGGUGUCAGCAACAAAUUCAAGAGUUUCUCUUAUCUCUAUGACGAGGAGCAAUUUAUAGCAUCACUUACAAAUGACAUACUCAUUGUUAAGAGCUUGCCUGAAAAUUUGAAAGCAGCCAGGAAAAAAAAUGCAUUUCCUACUUUUAAGCCCAAAAGAUCAGCGAAUCCAAAGUUCUAUCUUAAAGAAGUGCUACCAGCAUUAAAGAAAGCCAAAGUUAUUGGUUUGGUUAUUACAGAUGGUGGAUGUCUGCAGUCUAUCCUUCCAUCUAGCAUGUCUGAGUUUCAAAGGCUUAGAUGCAGAGUUUCUUUCCACGCUCUCCAAUUCCGACCUGAAAUUAGGGAGCUCGGGCACCUCAUGGUAGAUAGGUUACGAGCAUGGGGCCAGCCUUUCCUUGUUUUUCAUCCUGGCUUAAUUAGAGACACCUUGGCAUAUAAUGGUUGUGCAGAACUUUUUCAGGAUGUUCAUACCGAACUCAUACAAUAUCGAAGGGCACAAAUGAUUAAACGAGGUAUUGUUAAUGAAGAAUUAAGCAUCGAUUCUCACAUGCGAAGAGAAAAUGGUUCAUGCCCACUCAUGCCUGAAGAGGUUGGAAUUCUGCUGCGUGCAAUGGGUUAUCCUCCUAAAACCAUAGUAUAUCUUGCUGGUUCUGAAAUUUUUGGAGGUCAACGGGUUCUGAUCCCUUUGCGUGCCAUGUUUGCUAACUUAGUAGAUCGCACUUCUUUGUGUACAAAAGCAGAGCUGUCUGAUUUGGUUGGACCUGAAACACCUCUUCCACUUGAUCUCUUUAAAUCACCUCCAGUCAAAAGGGAGAAACUAAAAGAAGAAUGGAAUAAAGCUGGUCCAAGGCCUCGUCCUCUUCCUCCCCCUCCAGAUAGACCUAUCUAUAGACAUGAAAAGGAAGGUUGGUAUGGUUGGAUUACUGAGACUGAAACAGAACCUGACCCUUCACCUGUGGAUCUAAGAAUGCAAGCCCAUCGACUUCUUUGGGAUGCUCUUGAUUAUAUUGUUUCAGUGGAAGCAGAUGCCUUUUUUCCUGGUUUUAACAAUGAUGCUAGUGGAUGGCCAGAUUUUUCUAGCUUGGUUAUGGGCCACAGACUUUAUGAGGUUGCUUCUUCCAGAACGUAUCGACCAGACAGGAAAUUUCUUGCAGAACUUUUGAACAUUACUCGCGACAAUUUGUACCAUCCAAAGCAUAAUUGGACACUCGUAGUGCAGGAACACCUAAACAAAAGCUUGGGUGAGGAAGGCCUUAUUAGGCAGUCCCUGUUGUCGAAAUCAGCAUCGUUCAUUUCACAUCCACUUCCCGAAUGCUCUUGCAGAAUACCUUCUGCAGAGACUCCAAAUAUUGUUAGAGGCAAGGAUGCCCGUGUUUUAUAUGGUGGUGAAGAAGAGUGCCCUAAAUGGAUGCAGCAUGAUGAAAAUAUUGUUUCGGAAUCAUUUGCAGAAGAAGAGGGCAAAACUGAUGACGAUGACUUACUAGAAUAUGAAAGCAAUCUGGUUGAACAACCUGAAUCAAAUAGCUCUGGCAAUACUAACACAUCUCUAUUGUUUGAGCAGGAUGAAGAAAUGGAUCCAAACGACUAGAUUGGAUUUUUCAAAAUGAUUUUCUUCAGCAAUUUCUUCUUGAAUGGUGAGUUAUGAAAUCAGCGGGUAUAAUGGCAAAGUAUAUAUCCUUUAAUACAACUUAUUUUUUGAGUUUGUUAUCAUAUCCAUUCUUUGAGUAGAUUCCAGUCCUUCUCCGGCCACAAUUGGCGAAAAUAUUUAUAUACCAUUCAUUUAAGCAGACUUUUGAUGCUUGAGGAUAGAAGAAUCAGGAGCAAAAUUCGAUCAUUAUGUUGAUCAUAUAGGUCAAGUUUAUACAUACAUGUUUUUGGAUCAGCUGGUUGUAAUUUUGAAUAGGCUACUAAUGACUACAUGCUUUCUUUGAGAAUGAUGUUAAUUUGAUUUUUCAGGGCGUUAUUUCAUAUAUUUAUAAGACACCAGUCUUCGUUUUGGGGUGGUCAAAUUUUGACCAUAAACUUAUUUGUUGUAUCUUAAACAGUUAGUUUGGCAUAGCUUUCCUUUCGGUAUAGCAUUGAUUUAUUAAAUAAAAUUUAAGUAAUUUUAUUUUUUA